UCUCCCAUCUUUAGAAAAGUGUCGUUUCUCGCAGAAAGAUAUUUAGCAGUUUAGCAGGUCUCCUUCAACACUCACCAGAUAACCUUUGCAAAGAGCGAGCGAUAAUGGUGUUUGGGAAAACAGUGUUUCUGUCAAAGCCCUUUACACUCACUCCCAACGGCCCUUUAAGAGAUUCCCAUACCCCCUCUUCUCUGUCCAUCAAUUUUCAACCCUUAUCUCUUAGCCUUUCUUCGUCUUCUUCGUUCAAUAAAAGCCGAGGAUUCGUCUCCAGCGGCCCGAUUAGCUACUCAAACGACUACAGUAACAGCAGCAGCGACUCCAAUGCCGUUGUUUACGAGUAUGGCCGGUUUGGGGCCUCACAAUACCCGCGGCCCAUGGAGAUUCAAUGGAAGAAGGAGCUUUGCAAUUCUGUGCAACUCAUUGGCGUCGUUGCUAAGCCGGUUCAAAUCAAGCACCUUCCCUCCGGGAAGGUCGUAGCUUGGUCCCGCCUUGCCGUCAAAAAGUCUCAAAACGAAACAUCCUGGAUCAAUUUGAAUUUUUGGGAUGAAUUGGCUCAUGUUGCUUUCCAACAUGUGGAGAAAGGUUCCCAAAUAUAUGUAUCAGGUCGCUUGGUCUCAGAUACUAUUGAAGGCGAUGAUGGAAAACAGCAGACUUACUACAAGGUGAUUGUUCAGAACUUAAAUUUCGUUGAAAGGAACUUCUCUUCACCCGUGACAUUGUAUGAUGGGGAAUCUAAUUCCACGACACAAGGCACAAAGCCAAAGAAUUAUGCAGCAAAUAGUACAGGAUCCGUUGAGGAGCUAUGGCAAGCCUUCUUUGCUAACCCUAUGGAAUGGUGGGACAAUAGGACAAACAAGAGGAGCCCGAAUUACCCAGACUUCAAGCACAAAGCCACUGGCGAGUCAUUAUGGGUAGAAAGUUGGAGCAAUCCGCCAUGGGUGAAAUCUCAACUUGCUAUAUUGGACUCUAGGAUGGAAGGUCUUCAUGAUCAAAGUGAUAGCAUGCUUGUAAACUUCAUGACAGACCCACCUGUUUAACUGCUCUCUUAUUUUUCUGUAGAUUCAUUUAACCAUAAUUUUGAGUGUAUAUGUUUUUUCUUUGCUGAGGAUCUAUUUCAAUUUGAUUGCCACUUCUACCCA